GUCUCCUUACCGUCGUCACGUUGAGAGGAGAAGGAGGAAGUAAAUCCGAGUGAGCUGGACUGGUGUGUGAGCCCGACUGUCAUUUGAACACUGUUACUUCACGGCUACUUUACGCGCUGAACAACAUGGCUGAAGCAGACAUUGCACUGAUUGGUUUGGCUGUCAUGGGCCAAAACCUCAUCAUGAACAUGAAUGACCAUGGCUUCGUGGUCUGUGCCUACAACCGGACUGUGUCCAAGGUGCACGACUUCCUGAAGAACGAGGCGAAGGGCUCCAAGGUGAUUGGAGCAGAGUCCCUGGAGGACAUGGUGUCCAAGCUGAAGAAGCCCAGGAGGAUCAUCCUGCUGGUCAAGGCUGGACAGGCUGUGGACGACUUCAUUGACAAACUGGUUCCUCUUCUUGAAGCCGGAGAUAUCAUCAUUGAUGGUGGCAACUCUGAAUACAGAGACACAACACGGCGGUGCAAGAGUCUGAAAGAGAAGGGCCUGCUGUUUGUUGGCAGUGGAGUCAGCGGUGGAGAGGAAGGGGCACGUUAUGGACCCUCACUCAUGCCAGGAGGGCAUGAAGAGGCCUGGCCACACAUAAAAAACAUUUUCCAGAGCAUCGCUGCCAAGGUCGGAACAGGAGAGCCGUGUUGCGACUGGGUCGGAGAUGAGGGUGCAGGGCAUUUUGUGAAAAUGGUCCAUAAUGGCAUAGAGUAUGGUGACAUGCAGCUGAUCUGUGAGGCCUAUCACCUGAUGAAGGAUGUUCUGGGUAUGGACCACGAUGAGAUGGCACAGGCUUUCGACAGCUGGAACAAGACAGAGUUGGACUCCUUCCUGAUUGAGAUCACGGCUAACAUCCUUAAAUACAGGGACUCUGACGGUACACAUCUGCUGCCCAAGAUCCGCGACAGUGCUGGACAGAAAGGCACAGGGAAGUGGACGGCCAUUUCAGCCCUGGAGUACGGCACACCUGUGACUCUGAUCGGGGAGGCUGUCUUUGCCAGAUGCCUGUCCUCUCUAAAGGAUGAAAGAGUGGAGGCCAGCCGCAGCCUUUCAGGGCCACAGGGAAACAGCUUCAGCGGUGACAAGACCGUCUUUCUGGAGGACAUCAGAAAGGCCCUCUACGCCUCCAAGAUCAUCUCCUACGCGCAGGGCUUCAUGCUGCUGCGGCAAGCAGCCAAAGAAUUUGGCUGGUCCCUCAACUAUGGCGCGAUCGCUCUGAUGUGGAGAGGAGGCUGCAUCAUCCGAAGUGUCUUCCUGGGCAAAAUCAAAGAGGCGUUUGACAGAAACGCUGAGCUGCAGAACUUGCUGCUGGACAAUUUCUUCAGUGAUGCUGUGCAGGACUGUCAGGAGUCAUGGCGCAGAGCAGUCAGCACUGGAGUCCAGCAUGGCAUCCCGAUGCCCUGUUUCACCACAGCUUUGUCCUUCUAUGAUGGUUACAGACACGGUAUGCUGCCGGCCAACCUCCUCCAGGCCCAGAGAGAUUACUUUGGAGCCCACACAUAUGAGCUGCUGUCAAACCCGGGUCAUUUCAUCCACACCAACUGGACCGGCCACGGUGGAAACGUCUCCUCUUCGUCCUACAAUGCUUAAAGAUCAUCUUCGCGGGACGAGGGGAAGUUAUCUGUGAAAGAACAACAAAUGUUACACAUUCCAUCUCUAUAACCAUGCCUGAAUAUCUAAGAGCCAACCGCCCCAACAUCAACCUUAAUUACACUUUUGUGUAAAAAAAACUAUGUGUGUGUUGUAAACUCUGCACCCUGUGUGUUGCAAUGUAGCAAUUUUUAUAACAGUCACAAGAGGGGGAGCAACAAGGUGUUGACUCCAUCCGGAUACCACAGCUAUCAGGCUAAUGUUCACCAGUCAUGUUGGGCCCAAGGUUCACGGUGUUAACACUGGAUUAAGCUGAACCGUUGCACUGUGCUGUAUUAGGCUAAAUAAAGAUGUCAAUCCCUUUAUAA